GACUGGCACGUUGCAAAUGUAACAUAUUGUUCUGUUGCAGAUAUUAUCGUUCUUAUUACUCCAACAUGACAUAUUUAACUUCAUGGGAAGAGUUUUCCAAAGCAGCUGAACGUUUAUACUUGAAUGACCCACAAAAGUGCAGGUUCGUUAUUAAGUACAGACAUUGUGAUGGGAAAUUGAAUGUGAAGAUUACAGAUGACCAUGUGUGCUUUCAAUACAGAACAGAACAUGCUCAAGAUGUGAAGAAAUUGGAAAAACUGACAAAUCAGCUUAUGAGGCACAUGGCAUCAAAAGAAAAAUCAUAAUACAUGUACUGUUCUACAGAUACAUAUGUGUUGUGUUGAAUGUUGUAAAUAAGUGUAAAUGAUAGACAGAUAUACAGAAACAAGAAACAUGUUGUAAGUGUAAAAUAAACUGUAUGAAAGGAAUUGAAAUCUUUUGUGAAAUAUACAUUAUUCUGGAUAUUGUAUCAAACUUACAAUAACGCAAUGAAUAUAAAAAAAAAAUAUGUAAUACAUGUAUACAUGUAUUGUUUUUGUAUGACAAUUUGUUUAUUAUUCAGAUGAAAAGGUUCAUGCAAAAUUGUAUAUCACAUGAUAUUGAUGUAAAUCAUUUGAACCACUUUUUUUUUGUGUUUGGAGAAAUUAAACUCCAAGAUAUGUAUACUGUACAAUGCAUUUUGUGGGGUUCAAAAUUAUAGGUAGAAGUUUUAUCAGGUCUCCAAUUUGUACAUACAUUUUGUAGUUUCGUCUUAAUAUAUUAUCUUAGAUGUAUACAUGGAUAAUGCAUUUGAGGAGAGAAUUGUGUGCUAUUGAGUAAUAGUGUUAGCAGUGUAAAAGCGAAUGAUAUGAUUACAGUUAUGGAUAGUGACUGAUGGAAAAUAAAAUACUUGAAAAUAAAAUACAAGUUUAAAAAAAAAAAUUUCUAUUAUUAAUUGAAACCAUUAUGCAUAAUUACAUUAAAAUUUCUUUA